GGAAGUGAAAAGUCUACGUGGGGAAGAAAGGUUGGUCUCACCGUGUUUGAAUAAGCUACACACCAACAGCUCCGAUGUCCAAUCCAGGUUAGCGCUGUUCCUUGUCGAACAAGUAUUGCUCCACGCCCCCGUUAGGCAAAUGGACGCGUUGAGCAGCAGCCGUGGCGUAUAAAUGGGACGGAGAGCCGACGACAGCCUGUAAUGCUGCGCCGGGUGCGGCAGUCUCUCCGGCAGGUGCUGUUCCUGAUGGCCCGGAGACCGGGUCUACUGUGCGGGGCUAUCGUGCUCGGCGUCCUGCUCAUACUGGCCGUCAAGUUCACAUGCAGCCGUGCUAAGAAUGUGGUGGCAGCAUCUCGACCUCCGGUGCGGUUCUUCUCUGCCGAGGCCCCGGUAGUGGACCUCUACCUGGGUCAGCUAGACCAGGUGGAGCGUCUCAGGAGUAUGGCGGAGGUAUCUCUCAUCUUCUUCUAUGCACCGUGGUGUGCUCACUCAAUGACUGCCCGGCAGGAAGUGCAGCAGGUGGCUAAGAAGCUGGCCAAACAGGUGCAGUUUGUGGCUGUUAACUGCUGGUGGAGUCAGGGGAAAUGCAGGAGGCAAAACCGCUUCUAUCAGUACCCGAUCAUCCAUCUAUUUUACAGCAGGUUUGGGCCUAUAGAGUACAAGGGUCCAUUUGUGGCUCAAUAUGUGGAAAGUUUUAUCCUCAGAGUCAUCACACCGCUCACUUACCUCCCAUCAAGAGCCAAACUUAAAGAGUUCCUCUCCUAUCACGAGCCUCGAGUGGUGGGUUUCUUCCAGUUUAACUCCUCUCCUCAGCCGCCAGGGUACAUCACAUAUCUGUCCUCUGCUCUGCACGCCCUGAAAAGGGAUUUCCGUGGUGUUGUACGUUUCGGGGUUGUAACCAACAAACAGGUGGCAGAGGCCAUCUCACUAAAAGAAGAUGAAACAGUUUACCUUUACAGAAGAUUAAACUCCUCUUUGAUUUUCCCUCGAAGGGAACGCAACUUCACAUCAGAGGCCAUCUGUAGUUGGGUUUUUGAACACCACGAGACCGUCAUCCAUUGGUUGCAGCCUCCAGGAACAAAGUCCCGCCUCCUGGAAUAUGAGCUGACUAAAGGUCCUGCACUGCUGCUGUUUCUGCCGUACAAUCCACUUGGGUCCAAGCCCAAUCCCAUACUGCAGCAGUUUGCAGACAUUGCCGUGCGUUAUCAUUCCUGUGACAACAAUAACCACUCCAGCUUGGACAAAAGUUUCACCUCCCACUCGCUGUGCUGCCAGUCAGUUCCUCUCCCAGAGUCCAGUACAAGUGUGUGUGAGGUGUGCCUCAGCUUGUCACGAUCGAGCCUGACCAGCUCGUCUGUACACUGCUUGUUCCCCUCCACGACUCAGGGAGGAGAUGUGUUGCAUUCUUAUCUCAGACACUGCUGCCUUCACCAACUACCUGCCCCCAUGUCCAUAAAAACCACAACCUCAGUGGGCUGUAGCAACUUUCUGAACAGCUAUAGCCCAUUUAGUCAAUACAGUGCCUGCUGUAGAAAAGUAGCCAAAGAGGAGCCAGACAUGCAAAGAGUUCCCCUUCUGCCUCCUUCUUUGUCCAUCCCUCCAUCCUCUGUCCCUCAGCAGGGAGGAGACGGCAUCACAGGGCUCCGGUGUCAGACCAACAGGACGCUCAGGUUUUAUGUACUGGAUGUUGCUCUGAACUGGCCUCUGGCGGUGAGGCUUGGAGCAACAGGCAACGGAAGUGCUUCUCUUCACCAGGAGGCUGGUGUGCGAGGUGACGGGUCGUUUGCAGCUAUUGUGAAUCUGAAGGAUGAGGUUCAUUAUGUUCUCCACCGCAGCCCAGCAACCACACUGACAGAGUCUUUGGAGGCGUUCAUCAGGAACUUCAGUGCUCCAUACAGCCUCUUGCAGAGACACUUGGUGGGAGAAGAAGAAAGGAAAGGAGGGGAGGGGGAAACCAGGCAUCCAGACAAACACCAGCACUCGCACCCACGCCAUCUCAUCACAGAACUGACCACUUUCUCCUUUCUGCCCUGCGUCAUGGACCUCCAAAAGGAUGUGCUGCUGUUCUAUUACACUCAGUGGUGUGGAUUUUGCUCUGUUCUCAACCACAUCAUCAUCCAGCUGGCCCGAUUGUUACAGGGAAACAGCACCAUCACUGUGGCCAGGGUGAAUGUUGCACGUAAUGACCUUCCAUGGGAGUUCAUGGUGGAUCAUGUUCCCUCUAUUCUUCUGUUUCCCAAAUACAGAAAACAUUUUAGUGUGAAGUUUCCUGAUGACCUGCCUAUCACAUUACCCAACCUCCUUCACUUCAUCCUGCAGCACUCUGGCUCUGUACAACAUGCAGACAAACCAGUGGCAGCUUCUAGCGAAGACGAGUGUCCAGGACCCAGUGCUGUCCUCCGUGCAGAGUUUCUGGCACUCCAGCAUGAGGUUCAAGCGCUGCAUCACGCCCGCGAACAUCUCUCCCAACAGCUGGCGCAGCUGUGGCGUGACAACCGCAGACUAAAAUUUGACACUCUUCGCUUAGAGGCCCAGAACGUAGAGCUGCAGCGAGAAAGGCAAAGCUUAGAGGAACAGCACCGGGAGAAAAGCCGGCAGCUCGUGGAGGCGGUGAGACGGCUGCAGGAGCUGGCAGACGCCUCUGAAAACCUGCUGAAUGAGAACACACUGCUCAGGGUCCUGCUGAGGGCGCUGAAGGACAGGACUGACUCUAAAGAGCAGGCAGAAGUGGAGAGCAAAGAGGCAGAGCAGAAAAGAAGCCAUAUGGCCUCCUGACCACAAGUCUGCAGGGAAUCCUGAGAGCGACGCUGAGAAGAGGAAGAGGGCCAGGAAAUGAAGGGAGGACUGAGAUGGAUGAGAAAAAAGCUUUGAUUAGACUUGAGAUGUAGUGAAACAGGACGGAUUUUUAAGAAUAAAUGAAAUGAAGGUAAAAUGAGGAGGUCAUGUAAAACCCAUUGGGCAACGACCUAAUACAUUUUGUCAUAAGAGAAAAUGAGUAAGUAAGUAAGACUGCUGCUAUGUCAGGACAGAAGCAAGGAAACACCUAAAAGAAAAGGUGGAUAAGUAGCGAGGGAAACGUCAGCGUUAGUCAGAGACAGAAUACUCUAAGUGCUGCGAUGAUAGUGGGAUUAUCCACUCUUAGGAACACACUAGUAUGGGAAUUAAGUGCCAACUGUCCAAUUCAAACUACUCAGUUCUGAUUCUGUGCUUGCAAAAAUGUAAUAUCUGUUAAAGGGUAAAUACGUAUCCUGAGUAAAACAUACUACACAGACCCUGCAGCCAAAUUCUCAACCUUCACUGAAUUACUGUAAAUUUUCAUACAAAGCCAGUAUUCAAAUAAUGGCUGAGUGUCAAAUAACAGCCAGGUGCGUGUCCAGCACAAACAAAUAAAUGCUAGUAAAAGCAAAACAUUGACAGGGUUGAAAUUACUUGUAGUUUACUAUAACAGCUCACAUGAUAAAUUCAGUAUAAUGUCCAUAGCACUAAUUCCAUCAGUACAACAGAGUCGUGUUAUACUCACCACUCUGCUGCUCUCAGUUUCUCUUUUUUAUCAGAAAUAAUGUUUUCAUACUCCAAUUAAUUCCAGUCGUUCCCUCUAUGCUGUACUCCUGACCGAUGUGAAGAUAUCGUCGACAAAUCUCAACACUUCCUGAUGUUUUUCACAUUAAAAUCCUACCUAUGAAAGGAAGGCUGCUGGAGGAAGUGUUGAUUUUCAUUCAUGGUAGCUUAAUAUCCUUCAGGGGGCGCCUGACUCUUGCUGUACUGAAUUAGUGCUGUGGAAAUGUACAUUUUACUGAAUGUAUCAGGACAAAAGGUCAACAUGGAGGAAGUUUUGAGUUUGCAUUAAGUGUGAAACCGGAAAUAUUAGAAAUGAAGGCCUGGUUCUCUCUAAGGUAAAUAUAAAUGCCACUAUUUGAGAAUUUACGUUAUUUACUCACCUGCUGCUCUACAAACAGAUGGACGACGACAAUGUUUUCCCAACAGUCCUUUACUUUUAAAUUGAUGUACAGUAGUAGGUAAGUGCAUGACUACAGGUUAGUGAUGCAGAAUUUGGCUGCAGGGAGAGAGGGCUACUAAUGAAGCGGAGACUUAUUUAAUACUGAAGAUGUGGCACCGGCUCACAGAUCUGUAGGUGAGCCUAAGAGCACUUGAAAUUAUUUGCAAGAAUUUAUUUUUUUUUUUUGAAGGGGAUAUAGUUGUUUUGUUAAACUGAUCUAUUUUUACAGGAAUCCUUGAGUCACUAAAAUAUAAUUUCUAUGUAACUAUUCAGGUAUUAAGAAUGCGAUGCUGCAAUUGUUUACAUGUGAAAUAUUGCACCUGUUUUUACUGAUUAAAAGUCUUUCAUCUUA